CUGCUGCGACCUGUUUCUAGGAAUUUGCUCAGAAGGAAGCUAUGUGACGGUAUUAUUUUGGAGUUUGUCGUUAAGUCGAGGCUGCAUGGAGACGGGUCUGAAAUCCGCCCCUCACUCGGUGAAGCGGUGGCAGCUGAACGGGACAGAGUAUGAGUCCCAACGAGUCCCCAACCUGCGGUCCGAGACCCGCUUCAGCAGCUGGACCCCCCUUAACAACAAGAAACACAACCUACAGUUAUUUGAGGAACGAGUGAACCUUGUGCUGCACUGGUUUGAUCUGUGGACUGACAUGCAAAGAAAACACCUGCUGCAUUCACUGCUCACACGUUGCACUAAGUCGCAGCUUAAGUACUGCAAGGAUUUGCUGAUUGAGACUGUUCCAGUGACUCGAGUGGACUUCACAGCAGUUCUUCCUCGGUUUUUGUCCCUGUAUAUCAUGUCCUUUCUGUCCCCUCUGGACCUGAGCAGGGCCGCCCAAGUCAGCUGGUACUGGAGGGUCUUAGCAGAGCAGGAUUGCCUUUGGGCAGGCCGAUGCAUCAGAAGAGGCUGGUUCCUUCCCUACACUCCUGGAGAAAAUGAGUUUGGAGCAUGGAAGAACCACUACAUCUCCUGCGUCUCCACACUGGACCUGCUAACUCCACGGGAGGCAACUGAGCUGUACGGGACCCUCAACCAACAAAGCACGGAUCCAGCAGAGGAGGAAGAAGAGAAGAAGAAGGAGAAGAGGAUCAGGCAGAAAAUCAGAGACAAGCUUCAGGAAGAGAGGAGACUUUCUAUCCGAACAAGAAGAGCUUGGGGCAGCAAUGCAAAACCAAAAGGAGCCAUCGCUGGAGGGACCUUCUCAGGGGUAACAUUUACCUCUUGGCCUUCCCUUUCCUGGCCUCCAAGGAUGGUUGGGUCUUCCAGUCUCAGCCUGGACAAGGGACAACCUAUAAAUGCAACUCAGGUCCAGGGGAGAGUCCAGACCACCAGCGUUGGCAGUGAAAAACUGCCCAAAGCCAGAGGAAUGUUAUCCUCCUUUAUCCACAGACCUGCACUCCCACACACAUACUCACCCCAUCAUCAAUCAUCAUCUUCCCUCCUAAUGCUCAUCUCCAACAGGAUUCCUGCCUAUGAGCUGGUGCUGAGUGGUGUGAAAGCCGGAGUAAUUGUGGUCCUGUAUAACCACAGAGGGACUCUUUCAGCUCUGCUAACCCAGGUGGAGAGGGUUACUUCAGGGCAGCCAGUCCAGAGGGUUGGCCUGCUCGCUCCAGGAGGAACAGAGGAAAUUCAUCUGCUUCAUGGGAUCAGCCUAUCAGAAAGGACCCUGCUGACACCUGAUCACAGAGAAUUCUGGGAAAAACUCUGCAGCUGGGUGGUACCAACUCAAGAAGGAGGCGGGAUUGAUAUCUUCUGCUCACUGGCUGCAUCUGCAUCGGGUGUGACUCUCAUCCGCAGUCUUUCUACUCUUACUGGUCUGGAGGUUCGGGCACCGGUGGGUCUUGCCACUGGAAGUUUCCAAAACAUCCUUAGUGAAUGGUCUAGUGGUGAUGUACGUACUGGACUCUGGGACCAGCAGCCAGCAGCUCCGGCGCUGCAGUAUGUGUGUGACAGUGUGCUGCAGGGCUGGUGCAGACAAGCUCAGUGGAUGGAGGAGGCUCUGGAUGACCUGAGGAGCUCCCUACAGCCACAGCUCCAACAGGCCAGCCUGCAGGCCAGAGGCCGAGCUCUGGGUUAUUUUCUGUGGGAGAAAAUCGGCCUAGACAAACUUUGUGUGUCCAAAGAGCUAAGUGAGGCGCUGACAGAAGGACUUACUGCUCUCACUGAACAGCAAGAGACCAGACCUCUGGAGUUUCUCUCCACCUUCCUGACAAGAUGGAGUAAAAAGGACGAGGGAGAAGAAAGUUAUGAAGAGGACAAACAGACACAGAAAGCAGCAGAGCAGCAUAGUUUGCACACAUCCCUCAGCCCAAUACCUAAGCUACCGCAGACAGCGUUAGAUUGGAGGGGUGCAGUCGUAAGAGAGCUGCACCACAGCGAAUGUCUUUAUCUGGGGAGGCUGAGCUCCAUCCUGAAGGUGUACCAGGAGCCUCUUACAGCAGCUUUAAAUUCCAACAGAACCAUCCUCAGCUUUGCUGACAUCCAGAUUGUCUUCAUCCCUGUUACAGUAAUACUGCAGCUUAACAGGGUGUUUGAGGCAGAUUUACAGACCAGGCUGCAGCAGUGGGGUGCAGAGCAGUGUGUUGGAGAUGUGUUUGUGAAGCUCUGCUCAAAACUGAGAGUCUACACCAACUACCUAAACAACUACACCACUGCCCUCUGCACCAUUGAUAAGUGCAGAGAAGCUAGGCCAGCUUUUCGGGCUUUCCUAAAGAUGGCAGACAGGACACUUGCAACCCACAUGCUGAGCCUGCAGGAGCUACUGCUGUGUCCAGUGUGGAGAAUACAGGAGUAUGUGACUCUGCUUCAAGCUCUCUGUUUGCAUACACACCCUGGUCACCCUGACUUCACACACCUCUGCUCUGCCCUCAAAAAAAUGCUCCAAUUUAUCCAGUUCAUGCAAAAGUUAAAGAGCAACUCGGAAAAAGACAAGCUGAUGGAGGAAACACAGCAAAUGAUCCGGGGCUGCCCGAGCCUUAGUGAAGGAAACCGGCAGCUGAUAAUAACUCAGGAUGCUGUGUUGCUCAGGAGCCCAGAUGAGCGAAUCCCAGAGUCGCUAAGGACCUAUGAGCAGGUGUCCGAUGUGGGCCUGUUCCUGUUUAAUGAUGCUUUGGUGUUGACGCAGAGAAACGUGCGCCACACACCUUUUACGCUGUCUCACCAGAGCACACAUACAUUCUUGGCCUCUGUGGCUCUCCCCAGCCUGACUGUCAGAGAGAUUAUCCAUUCACGCUAUGUGCGUCAUGCCUUUGUUCUAGAGGGUCCUCGUCGUUACUGGGUUUGUGCCACAAAGCGAGGUGAAGAGAGAGAGCACUUCCUGUCUGUGCUGCGUUCAGCCAUAAAUUCUGCUCUGACUGGACCUCAGUGACGAUACACCUGCAAAAAAUGUGGAGGUUUGGACAGAAAGAUAGAUAGACUAGGAUUUAUAGUUGUUUACACGAUAUAUCAUAAAGUUGCUGUCUUAUUUGGGUAGGAAUAUACAGCAUCAAAUCUUAUACAAACAAGCCUCAGAGCUGUUUGCUUCUUCAUAAAUGGGUCAUAAACAGUUUUCCAGAACCUAUUUAAAGAUUUCUGUACAGGUAAAGAUGGUUGUCAAAGUUUAACGUCUCUCCUAGAGUCUAAUAAAAAGCAGCAUUUAGGGCUAUGUGUGUUAGCUUAAAGUUUAAUAGAUUGAUUUCAGGCAGCUCAUUUCUUACCAUAUUAUAUUGCCAUGGUAACCUAGACCCAAUCCUACUUCCUACCCUUUCCCCUACUCCUGUUGUUUCAGUAUUAGAUGCCACUGUCCUUUCAGGGUUAGGCCUUAUGGUAUCCCCCAGGUUCUGAAAAGAGAAACAUUAACGCAUGUAAAACCCCUGCUCAAUAACUCAGUCAUCUCAGAUUUCAGUUCUCUUGUAAAAAUGUAAAAGACACAAAAGGAUCAUGUGCAGAAAAAAACCUUUUAACCCAUUUAUCAUUUUGUGUAAUGUUGAAUUAAAAAAACAAAAUUAAAUAAACUUUUAUUCAAGU